UUUGCAAUUUAACAUCUGAUAGAAGCUGGACAAAACUUCUUGGUAGAUGAAGUCGUCUUGCAUCCUUUUCACUCUGCCUUGUAUGUAUAUGCUGUUUGAGGCCUCUUUUGAAAGACAAUUUCUUGCCCCAAAAAAAAGAGCUAUGAGCACAAAGAAAAAACUUUCAGCGAUGGGAAAGUUGCCUGAGUGACGAGCAGCGACAGUUUGUGAUUGAUGGUGUGGGUCUGUGAGCUGUAAUGCUGCUCUCACUGCAGUCAUUAAAGCCUGAUGGUGAGACUGAUGGCUGCACUGUCUGCAUGCUUAAGCCACCUUUACUCUUGUCUGUAUUUAAUAGAAGAACUGGGAUAGAUCAGCACUUAGGGCGCAUUAAACAGCAUAGUGUUGCAUUAUUUUUAUGACGGGUGAGUUCCCAUGUGAGCUCGUACAUCUGGCGUGUUUGGUUGAGUAGAGUUGACCCUCGCAUCGACAGAAUUGCAAAAAUCCACAUUUGCGCGGAUGAAGUAACUAGUUCCUGUCCCGUUGACGCAUAAAAGCUAUAUGAUAUUAGAAGGAUAGAGUGUAAAAUGUAGGAUGGUGGCAUUCAAAAAGCACAAAAAAUUUCCCACAUUUUAGCUAAGUGUCACAUUUUUCUGUUAGCAUACAACUUUAGCAUUGAGUUCUUCCGCAGCUCUCGGACUGAGAUUUCUGUGUAUUUUUGGAAUAGCAUUGCGCUGUUUCAGAAGCUGUUUGACUGCUUGACAUUAAGGAAAAAUCCAUUUGAAGUCUUUAACUUACAUAAAGCCUCCCCGGCCAUCGAAAUGCAUAUCUGGCCCACUUUCUCAGCCCGUUCACAGACCAAUGUUUUACCUCUCAACAAUUGAUUUGCUCCCCGCCCCCCUUUCCUACUUAAACUGAGUCCAUUACAUUGGUGCAGACUCAUCAGUAUGUGAACUCAUAUUCUUCUUUACUCUCAUUAUCCUCCAACACAGCAUAAUCAUGCAGCGACUCAGCAGCAGUAGGACUCGUGGAAAAAGUAUUCGACGCAUGCAUGUGAGCUGCCGAGGCCGCCGGCAGCAGCAUGUACCUCUGAGGCGUGCAGUGCACCUCUGCAACACGGAUAUUCACUUUAGCUUUAUUACGAUGCCAUAAACGAAGCACUGUUUUUACAGUCGCGCUUGUUCUCGUUGUUUUUUCCAGCUCUGAGUGGAGCCCAUCUCAGUUAUUGAGUGUUCGCAUCGCCCAAAACAAACCCAGUAGACACGAGCAGCGCCACACAGGGCAGGGCUGGCUCCUUCACUCUAAGUGCUGUUCAUAUCCCAGCCAUCAGCAGAUGCGGAUCAAUGCUUGGUUUUACAGUUUUGCAUCCUUGAAAUGACUGCGCAAAUAAAGACCGCUUAGACUGUCAAUCAGAGACUAUUAGUAAAGAAAUUCCUUCAGUAACAGCCCACCCACACCACCGACCUCAAACACACAUGUAACACUAACACAGCCCAGGACGGAGCAGACGGAGUGAAGGGGAGCCCAGAGUUGAUGGUGUUGUUGGUCCUAAAAUGAACCAGGAUGUGAAAUAUUGCUGAGUAUCAACCGAGAUGGAUCAAGUGGAGGCAACUUUGGAUGAUUUGGGGCAACUGAGAACCUCUGAUUUUAUAUUUUGCUCUUGAUGGACGGUGGACCUGUUCACUUAACGAAGCAAUCCCUCUGUUUGCUUUUGUCCUAAUUGGUCAGCGGUUCAAGUCUGGCAAUAACUGCUGAUGCUUGUACAACUGCACUGAUUUAAAAAAUAAAAGGAGGCGACUGGAAGAAGGAGAUGGUCGGCAGCAGGUGAUGUCUGCAGAUGAAAGCUGCUCAGUUUUGAAUCAGAGGAAGGUUUGCUAGAAUCAAGGAUUUUUUUUUUUGGAAGAAGGUUUUGCAGAGGUGACAUCUAAUGCAAGGCAACAAUGGGUUUGGAUGGCAUGGAAGUAAUUGCCAUUAUUGUUGUUAUUGGACUAUUUAUUGUGGUGCUCAAACAGUUUGGGAUUUGGGAGCCGUUGUCGCUGGAAGACAGCUGUGACAGCGAUCUUGAGCUCUCGAUGGUGCGUCACCAGCCUGAAGGCCUCGAGCAGCUCCAAGCCCAGACCCAGUUCACCAGGAAGGAGCUGCAGUCGCUUUACAGAGGCUUCAAGAACGAAUGUCCCAGUGGACUCGUGGAUGAAGAAACAUUCAAGACCAUUUACUCACAGUUCUUCCCUCAAGGAGAUGCGACCACAUAUGCACAUUUCUUGUUCAACGCGUUCGACAUGGACAGAAAUGGUUCCAUCCGGUUUGAGGACUUUGUGAUAGGACUGUCUGUGUUGCUUAGAGGCUCUGUCACGGAGAAACUCCGAUGGGCUUUUAAUCUGUAUGACAUCAACAAGGACGGCUACAUUACCAAAGAGGAAAUGUUGGCAAUAAUGACGUCCAUCUAUGAUAUGAUGGGCAGGUACACUUUACCCAGUGUCAGGGACGAUUCCCCCUUUGAGCACGUGGAGAAAUUCUUCCAGAAAAUGGAUCGUAACAGAGACGGAGUGGUGACUAUAGAUGAAUUCAUAGAAACCUGCCAAAAGGAUGAAAACAUAAUGGCUUCCAUGCAGCUCUUUGAGAACGUCAUCUAGUUUGUGCAGAAUAACUGGAGAGCAGUAACGCUCAUAGUGCUUCCAGCUGCAGCCUCCUGAAUAAUUCCAUUCAUCCUGAAGAGGAAAAACUGAGUCAUGCAACACAUUCAACACCAACUUUCCAGUCAAACUGUUCAGUGCAGAGAAAAGUCACCAAAUCACCUGAAGAAGAAAUGUUUCUUUGCAUGACAGUUUUAUUUUGUGUUUGAAGGAAACCAAGAACAUGUCAUCAGAACCAGAUGAGCACGAGUUUAUGCCUGACCUUAAAAAAAGCAUGUGAUGCAACACACUCUGAACACAAACAAGGGGGAUUAUUUCUCAGCACUUUGAAACAAAUGAGGAACUUUGUUACUGUAUUGUAAAAAUAAAAGUUUGCUUCUGGUUUUUAGAUUUUCACAUGAACAUGAUGCCCAGUCCUUCUUUUGUUGACCUAAAACCUGCUCAAAUCAACCUUUACUUGCUGGUAAUCCUGUUGAACCUCCUCUAUUUUAUGUUCUAGUUUCAGAAAAGCAUCUGGUUUGUGCUCAGACUUUUCCACAUUUUUAUCUUCUUUCAGCUUCUGGGGCAACACAUGAUCUGUGAAAGCAGUGGGAUGAUCACUUCCAAAUGAAAUGCGUGAUAAAUUGCAUUAUUCACCCUGUAUGGAUUUUAAUAUCUAGCAAGUGAUUACAUCAGAUUCGCUGCAUUGUAUUUGAUGUUGUGUAACUGUAAAGCUGCAAAAAAAAAAGCAAUAAAUUAAAGUUUGAAGCAA